UUUCAAUUUUCUAUGUGAAAGGUGAGAAGGUGGUUUGGGUGUUUGAACCGUCCGUUUUUGAGUUGUAUCAGAGGAAAGGCUCAAGAAUUUGAGGCGUCUGCCGUCUUGUUCCAUUCCAAUUCCUCCGAAUUUCUUUGAUUGCUCGCGAAGCAACCGCGAAAGUUCCACGCCGUUGGUCGUUUUUCACUAUUGGUAGGUUGGGAUCAUCUUCAUCGCGCCCUUCCCUACAAAAAGGGUUUUUCUCUCCACAAUUUUUCGUCAAUCCGUUGGGAAAUUUGAAAACCUUGGUUCUUGUUUCGAUUUUUCUCCGUACACAGGGUUUCGUGAAUCGAGUUUCGUUAAAAAAUGUUCGGAAUGUUGCCGCAGAGUCGAAUGGCCGCUGGUGCGGCUUGUAAACGGGUGGGGCAAUUGGUGGCCAAUUCAGGUUUACGAAGGCUUGGAGUUUCGAAUGUUUCUUCGUUUGAAAGCUCAAUCUUCGACCAUUCUGCAAGUAGUUUAUCGGCAUCCAUCUCCUUGAUUUCUCGGUACAGACACUGUGAAUGUAGGCAGAUCUCUCAGCUUGUGAAAUCUAACGGAAAGCGAUUGUUUCUAGUCGACACUUUAGCCCUAGUUAGAAAAUUGGAGGGUCAAGGAGUGCCCUCAAAUCAAGCUGAGGCAAUAACAGCUGCCAUUACUGAAGUGCUGAAUGACAGCUUGGAAAAUAUAUCUCAUUCAUUUGUUUCAAAGGGGGAGAUGCAGAAAAUUGAAAUGAUCCAGGAUUCGAAUUUGUCAAAGUUCAAAUCUGAAGUUCAAAGUUCACAGGGGCACCAUUUUUCUUUAUUGGGACACGAAACCGAAAAACUCCGAAAUGAUAUUGAGAAGAUGCGCAGUGAGUUGAGGUAUGAAAUCGACAAAGUCACAGCUGGACAGCGAUUGGAUUUGAAUCUUGAAAGAGGGAGGAUACGGGAUGAGCUAGCUAAUCAGAAUGCUGAAACAACCAACCUAACCAAUAAACUUGAUCGGGAAAUUCAUGGUCUCAGGGCACAGCUGGAAGCUGCGAAAUACGAUGUAAUAAAAUACUGCAUUGGAACGCUUGUUUCCAUUUCUGCUGUUGGUCUGGCUGUACUCCGCAUCUUAAUGUAAACAAUUGAAGUCAGUUCUGAUAGAGAUUCAAAAUCAUAACUGGUUUAGAGAGGAUGACAUUUAUUUCUAUUUUUUUUCUUUAACCCUGUGUUAGAGAGGAUUCUUGAAAGUUAAAGCUAUUUUCUCCGAGAGAGUUUCCAUUUAUUAUUUGUUUUCUCAUGGAAAUGGAUCUCGAUGUAGCAUUUGAAUUGUACUUAUACUUUAUUUAAGAUGAUUAUAGUGAUAAUAAACAUUGUUGUAAAGACUUCUUUUGAUGUGAUGAUGGGUUGUUCAAAAGUUUA